CGCCCAUUUUUGUCGCUGAGAAUAUAAUGCCUCGUCGCCAGCCCCAGCACCAGCACCAGCACAGGUAUUCUUGGCUUGCGGACGAAUUCGGGUAAAAUGACAAUCCUUGCAGAGCCAGACAAGGCCACAGCUGCCUCCACCACCUACAGCGAAUACAAAUACGGCACUCUUAGCGACCUGCAGACUCUGGGCAUUUGGGAUUUUCGACCCAGCCAAGGCGAGACAGCCAAUGGUAGUCCUGCUGUCAAGUACUGGGUCGUAUUCAUCCACGGCGGUGCCUGGCGAGACCCCAGAGUGACCCUACACGCCAUCGAGCCGACCGUGGCCCAGCUCGUGGCGUCGCCGACACACAGCGCGCGCAUCGCCGGCGUCGCCUCCAUCGACUACCGCCUCACCGCACACCCGGACUUCCCCCAGGACCCGGCCACCACCCCACCCGGCCAGCUGCGCAAUGCCCGCCACCCGGACCACGUGCGGGACGUGGCCGCCGCCAUGACCCUGCUGGCCACCCUGCGCCCGAUCGCCGGGCCCAGCACCCGAUACCUGCUCGCCGGCCAUAGCGCUGGCGCCACCCUGGCCCUGCAGCUGCUCAUGGGCUCCCGCGCCGGCGUCGUCGACGACGUCGCGGUCGCGCAGCCGCCGCCGUUCCCCGCCCCCGCCGCCAUCGUCGGGUACGAGGGCCUCUACGACCUGCGCGGCAUCUGCGCCCGUAAGGGGUACGGGUUCCUGUUCGCCCCGCCCUUUGGCGACGACGAGGACGCCUGGGACCGCGCGAGCCCCGCCCUGCACCGCGGCCUCGCCGCCGCCUGGGACGCCUGGGCCGCCGCCACCACCGACGCCGGCCUGGGGCGGAGGCGGCUCGUCGUCGUCGCGCAGUCGACCGAGGACGAACUCGUCGACAUGGACGAGGCCCUCGCUAUGGAGCGCGCGCUGCGCGACGACGGCGUGCCCCACAUGCUGAUCGCCGACCUCAAAGGUAAGCACAGCGAGGUGCUGGGGGCGGGCACCGACAUUGUGAGGGUGCUGGGUCAGACUGUCGAUGCGCUCGAGGCGUAGAUACGAGCGAGCCGUGCUAGAUGCUAUCAAAUGGUAGGUGUAUGGAGCAGAUAGAAUCGAGAGAUGCCUGCUUCCCUGCCUCUGUUUGUUUGACUGCUUUCCAAGUGGUGUUGAUAUUAUCUAAUUACUGCCUAUGCCGUAUUGAUAGGUUGGCUUGUUGUGUGUGGGCAUGUAACCAAGUCACCCGCCGCCCCGUUGCUCGUCUCGUCGUCGCGGGAUCCUGCCCCUUUCCCUUUCCGCAUACACGCCCCUUUAUACACUAAUCCCAAAACCCGAUCCCGAUCGCUUCAUCAAUAAUCCCAAAACCAUGCUCAAAAUCCGUUCCAGCUCUUGUAGCCCAAUCCGUAUAACACCCUUGAACUCCAUGCUUGCUUUUUAUCAUCCCGUCUUUAUAAAGACACCCAUCCGUCAUUACCACCGAUUUGUUUUUUCUGUCCCAUUACCGCCGCCGACGCAUAUUACACGUCAAGUGCCUCGACCUUCUUCUCCACAGGAGUGCUGCUGGGCUUCGUCUUGGACCCCCACGCGAUAAGUCCACCGACGACGGCCAGCGAACCGGCCCAGAUCUGGGCGGGCAG